AUGUUCAAGUUUGAUGUUCGGGUUGACGAGUGUGAUAAAGAUGAUAAUUUUAAUGACACUUUCUAUCAAAAAGAUUCUCGAAGUUACUUGUACCAAGAGGAAACUUCCUCACUUAAUUGCCACGAAGCCACAGAAAUUUUACCUUCGCAAUCUAUUCUGGACAAUGUCGACGUCUAUCGUCUGCAACGUCAUACUAAAAUAUUGAAGAAUGUUUGUAUAUCACAUUUAAGCGGCGGUUUUUUAUUAGGGGACAUAAGCAAUGCCUCUAAGUCAGAUAUUAAGAAAGCCCACGACCAACAUUCUGAUUUAGUGCCAGGCGUUUAUGAGGGUGGUGCAAAGAUCUGGGAGUAUACUGAUGACAUUUUAAAUUUUAUGGCUGAAAUGUACUCUCAAGAUUGGUGGACGCCCAAAAGAGUACUUGACUUGGGCUGCGGUGCUGGUUUAGUGGACAUUUACGCCUACAAACAAGGGGCUCGUGUCGAUUUUCAAGAUUGUGUAUGUGUUAUUACUAUACCUAAUCUAUUGAUCAACAUCACCGAGCAAAUACCGUUAGAGCAAGUCUUCGACAAUGUGAAAUUUUAUUCAGGUAAUUGGAGCGAAUCGACAGAGUCCUGCAAAGGCUCCUAUAUUUAUGAUGUUAUUUUAACCAGCGAAACUAUAUACAAUCCCAGAAAUCAAGAUAAACUGUUACGUUGCCUAAAAGAUAAAUCAAAACUGAACGGCGUCGAUAUUUUGGCUGCGAAAACUCAGUUGGUGGAGAACUCCAUCAAUUCGAAGCACUAUUAA